AUGACCCGAAACACCUCUGGGAAGGCAUGCGAUGCUUGUCGUCGUCGAAAGCUAAAGUGUUCAAGAACGUUAUACGAAAGAUCACCUCCUGAGAAAUGUACACGUUGCAUUCAGACGGACUUGCCCUGCACGUUCGAUGACGAGCAGCUGAAAAGAGGGCCAAAGACGGGAAAGCGACUACGAGCUUUACGAUCAGCUCAGAAGUCAUCGAGCAGGGACUCCAUGUCCGAAGCAGAAUGGCCCUAUAGAAGCUCAAAUGAGGCGACUCCGAUAAUAUUGCCGUCUAAUGACGAGGAAUACUUGUCGUUAGUUCCUAACACGGCAACGUAUACAUUGGAUGCUCAAGCAGAAAUACCAAUGACAUCCAGCUAUAUGAACAACGAACAUCGCGUUCCUGCCCAGCAGGACACCGUAGCCAACCUUUUUUCAGGAACUGGCUUCGACUUAUUGGAAGCAGAUACUCUAUUAACUCGUGGAUUCACAUAUGGUCAAGAGUCACAACAACUGUGGCUCGGACCUGAAAAUAGCUUCCCAUUAUCAAAACCGAAGCUUGUUUCGGAGAUUUCGCUUUUCUUUCGUCAGGGCUAUGUGGUCUACCCGGUUCUUCAUUAUGCAACUAUAAUGAGUGAAAUCAAUCAAGGAAAGCACCUCUGCCAUCCGGAGUUCCGCAGCGUCGUUCUAUCUAUAGCUAUGUUCAAUGAAGCAUGCAAAGUACGCCUGUCCCCACAGCACGACCAGAGUGCAAUAAAGUCCCUUGCUCGGAUGGUUGAGAACCUGAGGACUGAUUCAGACCAUUACCACUUUGCCAAUAAUCCGUCGUUAGAUGCUGUGGUAGUCUCGCUAUUUCUCUUCAUUGCUUAUAACGUGAUGGAUAAGCAUAGCCGAGCAUUCUGCUGCCUUACAGAAGCAAUUGGACUUUUUGAUCUGCUCGGAGAAUUUUCUGACUCGAUCAAUGUCGUCCGUCAGAAGCGUCUACGUUACGUGCUCUACAUCACAGAAUCGGCAACGGUUUCAAUAUAUGGUUCACAGAGGAAGAGAAUGAUCUCGGACUGUCCGUCGAUUCCUCCAUAUUUGGGCAGUUUGUUAUCCUGGCAUGGUCAAGAAACGGAAGGACAAGAUAGUAUAGGAGGUGGUAUCUCUGAUGCUGAUAUGGCCAAUAUUGACAAGCACACUGUUGAUUUGCUGAUUCGCAUGACACGGCUUCAUCUUGCUACCACAGUUAGCGAUGUUGCAAAAAUCACGGUUGAUGACAAGCUAAUGACCUCGAUGUCGAGUCCCCAAGAAUACAACACUAGCCCUCAGAAUUCAUACUGCGAGACACAGAUAGCUGAUGUAGCUAUAACUCGCCAGUGGAAACUCGCCGGACUAUGGUGGGAUGAUAUCUCACGCCAGCCAACUCUGAAGUUGUCAGAUGUACUUGUCAGUAAUACGAUCGACAUGCUUGCCACGACAGCUUUAACCUGGGGGAGGACCCUAAAGCCUGGGCAUCUGAGGAUUGUAGGGCUCGGAAAAGUGGUACAACUAGCGGAUUCAAUAUGUAACAUCUCAUCGAAGCUGGGGAGCGUGAGCACCUGUACAGCUACGAUUCGCCAUCUUAUCCAGACAGUGGCAGAAACAGAUUACGACAGAUAUUUUGCGCCUCAAUUAAGUAUCACGGAGAUUCGUAUCGGGGAUAUCCCGCGCUCACUUAUUUUUGAUGAUGACUCUCCACACUAUGAUAACGACAACGAAGAGGUUAUGAUCCAGUAA